AUGUCUGAACGGUAUCAAUAUGACUACCUCGCGCCAGGCUGGAUUCGCGUACUUCACCUGGUCUCGGUGGAACCAGAGGUGACUUUCCAUCUUGAAAAAGUCUCCCUCGACUCCAACCCAACCUACAACGCCCUCUCCUACACGUGGGGCUACCCCGUCUUCUCGAGACGCCUCUUCAUUGGAGAUGCGUUCCUUGACGUGACGCCAAGCCUCCACGACUGCCUGCAGCAUCUAGGUGGAUACGUCGGCACCAGGAUCUGGAUCGACGCCCUGUGCAUCAACCAGGUUGAUAACGAGGAAAAGUCGCACCAGGUGCAGGGCAUGGCGCGCGUCUAUCGCCAGGCUGCGCAAGUCCUCAUCUGGCUCGGCACGAGCGCCGACGGCAGUGAUGAGGCGAUGAGGGGGAUUUCCGCUUAUGGAAAGGAAGCCUCAGAGGCAGGUAUUCUCAACUUUAAGCCUGAGCAUUUUGCUGCGUGGCCCGACGUUGGGGAAGAAGAGGAGCUUGUCAGGACAAGAGACAAGUUGCUAGAGCUCAUGAAGCAGGCAGCUGAUGCCGAGGGCGACGAUAGUCGAGUAGAGGAUCGUCUGCCGAGGGUUGCCUUUGCAAAGCUUACACACAGGUCCUACUUUACUCGAGUCUGGGUUAGGCAAGAGAUCACCCUGGCGCGAAACGCCGCUGUAAUAUGUGGCAAAUACAUGACCACCGUCGAGCACUGCCAUGCUCUCGUCCUCUUCUACGGCUUGCUCAUCCCCUGGGAGAUUCUCGAGUGGCAGGCCGGCAGAAUGACACGCUUCCCAGGUCCCUUCUCGCUAGAGGAGCUCAUGGCUGCGCCGUCUCCGCGGGAGCUCCAGAUAACCGCCGUCGCCAGCGAUGCCAUCGGUUCUGCCCUCUCGGGGAGGAGGAGAUAUCGAAGCAGAGGGCCGGAACCACUGCACCGGCUCCUGCAGCAGUCAUAUGUAGGCUGGUCGAGGGAUAUCCCGCAGUGCAAGGAUCCGCGUGACAAGAUCUGGGGGUUGGCGGGCCUUGUCAGUGACCUGGACGAGCUGGGACUCGAGGUGAAUUACAGGAACAGGGUGGAAGAGGUCUACGAGGCUACGGCGAGGGCGCUGCUACGCCAGGGCCGCGUCGACAUGCUGAAGUGGUGUCGCUCCGAACAGCUCAACUCGCCUUCCUGGGUUCCAGACUGGGCGAGGCCCAUCCAGAGUCCGUGGAGCGAUGAUGCCGCGACGACUCUGUUCAAGGCUACUGGGGAGAAAAGCCAGCCAAGCUCCCAGGAUGAUAUGGUCCCUGGAUCUAUAUCUCUUCAAGGCGUUCUCGUGGAUACCAUUUCGGAAGUUGGCUCGGUCUGGAGAGCUGGUUCCGACAAGGAUUUUGAUCACGGCGCUUGCGAGACAAUGAUGAAAGAGCUCAUCCCCUUUUUGGAAAAGUCACGAUACCCAGAGGACAAGAAGAUGGACGCGCUGUGGCGCAUACCCAUCGGAGAUAAAGAGCUUCCCGAGUCGAGCCCAUACUGGAUCCGGGCGACGGAGCGCUCGGAGAAGCAGUUCCUUGCUUUGGUGUCUAGUGAAGCGAGCAGUGAGUCGACCUACUCAUAUCAGACCUGCAUGGGAUACAACCCCAUGGCGAGGCCGGUUGCUUCCGAGCAGGGCUUUGUUGGGCUGGGCACGAGUGACGCACAGCCUGGGGACGUGAUUGUGUUGUUGUUAGGGGGCAGCACGCCUUUUAUUCUCAGACCGCGGACCGAUAUGCAAGAGGGAUACUUGCUGCUUGGGGAGGCAUAUAUCUAUGGGUGUAUGGAUGGGGAGCUUGUCGAGAAGAUAGAUUAUAUCUCCACGUUUGAUUUGUGGUAG